AAUGGUAAUCCAACGUCACUUCCUUUCAUUUAAAAACCCUCGAACUACGAGACGAAAAGCUGCCUGAGGUAAAUACUUGGCUAGUAAGCUAUAUGUUGAAUGGAGAAAAUUCGGCUUUUUGCUGCCUUCAACCCGCGUCUGGACAACUGAGGGAAACUACGAGAAAACUACUGUGAAGAUCGGGAGCUCGAGAGGAUGACGGAGUCUGUGAGCUCGAGCCUGCAGAACGGCACACCGAAUGGGUCGAGUCGCCAUGAGAAAAGUUUGGGUCUCCUCACAAUUAAGUUUGUGACGCUACUUCAAGAGGCUAAGGACGGCGUACUUGAUCUCAAAGUGGCCGCCGACAGCCUCGCGGUGAGACAGAAACGGCGGAUAUAUGACAUCACCAACGUCCUGGAGGGAGUGGGUCUCAUCGAGAAAAAAACCAAGAACAUCAUCCAGUGGAAGGGCGAGAACUCUGGCUGCCAGACCAAGGAGACGCAGGAGCGGGUGGAGUUCCUGAAGGCCCAGAUGGCCGAGCUGGAGGUGCGGGAGAGGGAGCUGGACAGCCAGAAGGCCUGGCUGCAGCAGAGCAUCGAGAGCAUGGCCGAUGACCCCGUGGACAGCCCAUUUAAAUAUGUUACCCAUGAGGAUAUCUGCAACGCCUUCAAUGGGGACACCCUGCUGGCUGUCAUCGCCCCCUCAGGAACUCAGCUGGAGGUGCCCGUGCCAGAGAUGGGGCAAAACGGUCAGAAGAAGUACCAGGUCAACCUCAGGAGCCAGUCAGCUCCCAUCCAGGUCAUGCUCAUCAACCGCGAAACGACCACCUCCAGGCCGGUGGUCUUCUCCGUCCCUCCCCCCGAUGACCUCUCAGCCAUGCCCACCCCCCUCACCCCCCCGGACAGUGCGCAGAAGUAUCCCCCCGCUGACAUGUGUCUGCCGGACCACAAGGGGGCGCUGUCUGAGCAGCAGCUCACCCCCAGCUCUGUGUCUGACCUGCCGAUGGACUGUAACCCCCAGGCCGCCUCCUGCCUGAUGCUGUCAGACCCCCUGGGGGUCCCUGGGGCGGGCGAGGCCGGGGGCCCCGGCCUGCAGCCCCUGCUGCCCCUGGACAUGGGGAGUCUGCUGAAGCUCAACGCGGCCGACCAGCUGAAGGAGGAGAGAGAGGGCGUUGCUGAUCUCAUCGAUGAGCUGAUGUCCUCUGAUGUGUUCCCCUUGCUGCGCCUCUCACCCACCCCGGGCGUGGACUACAACUUCAACCUGGACGACAACGAAGGAGUCUGCGACCUGUUCGACGUGCAGAUCCUCAACUACUGAGAGGGCAGGAAGCCCAGUUACUGAGCUCCCGUCUGCCAUCACGAACCUGCUUCCCUCCUCUUUAUUUUACUUUUCUUUUGCUCAAAGGUGACUGGCCAUUUUAGGUUGAGUGGGUUCCUUUGAGGGGAAACCGGUGUCAAACUCCAGUCCCGGAGGGCCACAGUGUCUGUGGGCGUUUUGUGAAUUCCUCUCAAAUCAGCAGCCAAUGUAAACACUGGAAGCAAGACUUGUGUACUGUUCAGCUAAUCGGUGACUUAAAUGUAGCACUUAGGUACUGAAGCACACUGAUCCAGCAGACGCUGUGGCCCUUUUGGACUGGACUGGACACGCCCUCUCCUGAGCCAGAGGCUGGUGUUGGGACUGUUGGUCCC